UCCUCGUCACUCUAUAAUAACAAUACAAGAUGGGCUUCAAUAGUAUUCUCAGACUCUCACCUCUUUCCUCUUCCAAUUCCAUUGUACUCCUUAACCCCGGAACCACACAUACCUUCUUCUCUACCCUCCGUCGUCCUCUUCAUUCUUAUCCUAAUCGUCGUCCUACUUCACUGUUCAAUACUCACUCCAACAUCUUCUCGUCGAAGCCCAUCAUUAUCCCCGCACUUAAGCGUGGUUUUCGUGGUGGAAUUGUGGCCAUGGCUGCUCCUGGGUCUGUUCAGAAAUCGGAGGAAGAGUGGCGGGCUGUUCUCUCCCCUGAACAGUUUAAUAUUCUCAGACAAAAGGGCACUGAGUAUCCAGGAACAGGAGAAUAUGACAAGUUCUUUGAUGAGGGAAUCUACAACUGUGCAGGUUGUGGCACUCCUCUCUACAAGUCCACAACGAAAUUUAAUUCUGGGUGUGGCUGGCCCGCCUUCUAUGAGGGUCUUCCAGGAGCCAUAAAUCGCACGCCGGACCCAGAUGGAAGGAGGAUAGAGAUAACAUGUGCAGCAUGUGGGGGACAUCUGGGUCAUGUUUUUAAAAAUGAAGGAUUCCGAACUCCUACCAAUGAACGCCACUGUGUGAAUAGCAUUUCGCUCAAGUUUGUACCCGCCAAUUCUUCUUAAUGUUCUCAGCCAUAUGUAUGACCAAUGCGUGCUCUAAAUUCCAUAAGAUGAUUAUGCAAUGUAUUCAGACUGCAACUUAGCUCCAUUGACUAAUGACUCCCUACAUGGUUUUGAAUGAGCUGAUUCUUAAUAUAAAUGAGCUGUUCUUGCAGUUCAUAGUUGAGUAUGUGUCA